AUUGUCGAGAACGCCCAAGGCAUCCGGUGCUUGGCUCUCAGCAGACCGAACAAAAUGGCACAGCGUCCACCAACAACCAAGCCGCGCGGUGUAUGUAUGUACUUUCGGUCAGGGAGGGGUUGUCGUAAUGGCGACAUGUGCAAGUUCCUUCAUGGUGACGGCGAGACACUCUCGCCUUACGACAAAAGUAAGGUAUGCAGAUUUUACGCAUCAGGGUUCUGCAAACAUGGAAGUAAAUGCUGGUUUCGUCACGAAAGUAGACCAAAUACGGUGACCUUGACUGAAACUGAGGCUGGAACAUCAACUCGUGGAGUAAACCCGUCUGAAAUGAACAAAGAAGAUCAGGACAAGCUGUGUUCCAUCUGUCAAGAGAAACCUGUGACUUACGGUUUGCUUGAGGACUGUAGCCAUGUCUUUUGUUUGGAGUGUAUCCGUGGUUGGAGAGACCCAACUGGGAAGUCACAAGAUCUGCUGGAAUCGGGAAACACAAAAAAAUGCCCAUAUUGUCGAGCCUCAUCAAACUUUGUGAUUCCCAGCAGUGUAUACUACUCAGCUGAAGAACCGAAGAAAGCAAUAGUCAUUGCCAGCUACAAAUCCAGCAUGGCUCGCAUCCCGUGCAAGUAUUUCGAAAUGUCUCCCCCCAACUCUCGUUACUGCCCGUUUGGUCGAGAUUGUUUUUAUCAGCAUAAGGAAGCAGAUGGUUCUCCGUAUGUGUUUGACCGUGGUGUAGAUUACUACAUGAGCAGACGUCGACGCAGCAAUCGACUGCAAAACGCGUCUAUCUCAGAUUUACUAUCUAAUAUCAGGGCAUCGAGAACAGAGAACGAUGUUUUGCAAUUAAUGGAGGACCUUAGAGCUCGCUUUGAUCUAACUGCUCGCGGAAGUACUAAUGAUGGCGAGGACUCUGAAGUUUCACAUCUUGCCAUUCUCCUGGAAGAUGUGCUCACAAAUUUGGGAGAGGCACUUAUGGGAACUUUUACCAGCUCGUCGGAGGACGGGCGGCCCGAAGAAGAGGAACGAUCAACCCUAUCGAGGCCCUCAAUUCUAGCAACUCCAGAAGAUUCCUCGAUUAACUCUUCACUUCCACUGACACGAGCUUUUAUGGAUAACAACAUGUCACCAGAUAAUUUUGACUUGAUCGCGAACAUGACUGAAUCGGAGAGUGACGAUGGCACCGACGAAGGCACUUCAACACAAACUUUUGUACCCCACUCUCGCAUUCGCAGCCGUAGCUUGCCAAACCUUACGAAUACAUGGGCAGAUGAGUUAAUGAGCGCUAGCGACAGCAGGCCCGAUGUCGCCGAAGGCGUAUACGGAUAUAGUAUCGACAAUCGCAUUGACAGCACUGGAAUACCAACCGGGGAAGCUUUAUCCCGUGAUGAACAGCAGCAAUUCCCAGCUGUUGUCGAAUCAAUAUCGAUAAGUGAGGGAGGAGGGGCAGAUUCCCUCGGCGCACAAGAGUCUUCUUCGCAAAGAGGCUCGGACGGCCCUCUCGUCAUGGGAAGAGGAACGAAUGAUCAUCACUCUUCGCGAAUUACCGUAACUCCCUCCUCCGGCGACGAAGUCCAACUUCACGAUCGUGAGGUGAGAAGCAAGACUGACGUCCGCAGUGAGCAUGUGCCACGACGGAUCAAGUCAAAUACGGGAGGGACAUCAUGUAGUGGAAGGCGAAAUGGUGGCCAGAGCUUUGUGACGGAUGGGAGGGGGCGUGUGGUAGCGACAGACGAUGGGGCGCAUACGGACGAUGCUUCGCUGGCGUUCUGGUCUCCUUCCGUACCUGUAGCUGCAUCGCCUUCUGCACCGACAAGUGAGACGGAUGGUCGCCUAACGGAGGAGGCAGGUGCCCUUGAUGAUCUGGACUGAUAUUAUAGAGAGUAUUGGGGUUCGUUCUGGUAUGGGGAAGUGAAAGGUUGAAAGCGAGGUUGGUGAUGCUAGACAUCGACCAAUCUGGCUCUGUUUGUAUCUCUACGUGUUCGCACGUUGUCAACUUCACAAAUUUGCAUGUACGAUUAAUCCAGCUCCGCUUAAAUGUAUCAAAACCUGUGUCUAC